GGAUUAUACAUGCUAAGACUUGCAACAACAAGAGUAUUAAUUCAAUCACACUUCCCUCAGCGCGCUAACAUCUCGAAAUUCAUAAUGCCCUCGUCUAUCUAUGAAUUCCAGGUCAACGAUGCCGACCACAAGCCCUACGACCUUUCUCAACACAAGGGACACCCGCUUCUCAUUUACAAUGUCGCCAGUAAAUGUGGCUUCGCGAGCGGUGGCUACAAGACGUCGACGUCGCUCUACGCUAAAUACAAGGAUCAGGGCUUCACGGUGCUCGCUUUCCCUUGCAACCAAUUCGCAGGGCAGGAACCCGGCACCGAUGAGGAAAUCAAAAAAACUGUUUGCACAAAGUUUAAGGCUGAUUUCCCUAUUAUGGAAAAGGUCGAUGUCAACGGUAGUAAGGAGCAUCCGUUGUUCAAGUACCUCAAACACACUGCGAAAGGUAUUCUCGGCACCACUUCGAUCAAGUGGAAUUUCACAUCCUUUUUGAUUGAUCAGAACGGCGUGCCCGUGUACCGGUUCUCUCCCGGAGCCACAGAAAAGGAAAUUGAAAAGAAACUGUUGCCGCUUCUGGAAAAGAGUACCCAAACCGCCCCUGAAGCCCCAAAUGGAGAUUCCCAAAAUAAAGAGUAAAAUUAAGAAUUGAAUAGUUUAGACUUAACAUCCUCGCGAAUGCGAAGGUUAUAUUUCAAUGCUGAGACGAUUUACUACUAUAUUGUUUUCCCAUUUUAUACACGAAAAUUUGACAAGGGGAACUUUGUACACGUAUUUACUACAGAUGCUUGUCUAUAAACAGGGUAAAGUUAACGUGAUUCAAGCACAUAUAUCUAUAUAUAUAAAUAUAUAUUUUGAUAAUUUUUUAUCUUCUUGCAUGCUCAAUUCUUUCGGAUGAAUUACAUUUGCUUGAGAAGAGGCUAGUAUGGCUAAAAUGUCUUAGUCACAGCCGUUUCCCGCAUAACCCUCUUCCUAUAUAUAUACAUAUAUAUAUCAAUGAUUUUUUUUUAAGUCCACUAUUGUUUUGUUAUGAACUUAAAUCUGUCUAAACGUUUCUACUGAGGAGUGAA